GAGCCAUCAAAACUGUGCCGGCUACGCAACCCUGCAGCAGAUUAGUGGGAGGAGGUCGUUUACGGAUCUCCCUACGUCCAUUCAUGGCUGGAAGGCCAAGUUCGUGUUCGUCACCUUGGGUCAGGGUGGCUUCUUUCCUUCCAAUGGUCACAGCGGCCUCUUUGAAUUGCAUACCCCCCCUUGGAGUGCCGAAAUAAGUAAUCAAGUAGAGGCCUUUAUUAAGGGGGGGCCGAGGAGCAUCAAGACAUACGUUACUGAGUAUCGGAUGGCUGCUCUCGGCUUCGUGAGAUACUAUUGUCCUGGUGAUGUCGAUGAUGAUCUUUGGCCGAAGAUGGUGGGGUCUUAUGAGCAAGCCGACGGGCCCCGCCUAGGCGUGCCAGCUGAGGCCGAAGGUUGACCUCCUUUCUUUAUCUUUUCAUGAUGUUUCGUUUUCCUUUGCUAACCCUUGUGUCUUUUUGUGCAGGCUUCGAUAUGGAUCGCAUGUCAUUUAUGGCUCGGGCCGCCAGGAAGGCCGAUGCGGAGUUGAAAGCUGCUCAAGCUGCCGAGGCAGCAAAGAAGUCUGCGGGCGGUUCCCAAGGGGGUGUUGAGGCCGCUAAGAAGCCUGUGGCUAAGAAGAGCAGGAGGGCUGCUGAUGAGGGCCAAAAGACUCUGGCCGAAGCGGGGCUAAAACUGAGCCAGGCUUCGAAGAAGACGAAGAGGGCUCCCACGAAUGAAGAGGCCGGCGCCCCCUCAUCUCAGGCUGUUGCGGAUGUUCAGCCGUCGGCGGUCCCUCCUGUGAAUGAUCCCCCUUCGUCGGCCGUUGUGGCCUCGGCUUCUCGAGUUGCUCCCUCUACUGCCGCUGCCGCCCGUUUGGAGGAGGCUCUUGCUAAGGGGUCGUAUGAGGUCUCCGUACGAUACCCUGUCAAAGGUGGUCUUUUCAACGAGACCGUCGGCGAUGAUGACAUGCUUGCUCAGGCUAUGCCUGAGUAUGAUCGCCAGUAUCUCGGCCGACAAGGCCAGCAUGUUCGGCUGUACGACGGAGGGAUGGACUAUGUCGUCCAGGGUGCCCUAAUGCUGCGGGAGCAGCACUGGAGACAGGAAGCCGAAAUAGAGCGGCUAAAGAAGAUGGAGGCAAAGGCUGUCUCGGCCGAUGAGGCUCUCCAAGAUCUGAGGGACAAGGCCAAGGCCGCGGAGGGUGAAAUGCAGCUCCUUCAGCUGCGUCUUGAUGAGGCCGAGUCAGCCCGGAGGAAAGCUGAUGAGGCCGUUGCCGUUGCCGUCCAAAGAGCUGAGGAGGCGGAGCGGCUCAAAGCCGAGGCGGAGGGGGCUGCUGAGAAGGCCGUAGCCGACUUCAAGGCCGAGGGGUGGAAAGCCGAGGACCAGCUCCCCUUCUGCUAUGAGGUGGUUGCCGAGAGGUUGAAUGAUUGGACGACGAAGGACCCCGCCGGCCAAGAAUUCUGGAUGAACGAGAUGCAAGCUUUCUACGACUGUGGUCAGUACAGAAUGCAGAAGCUGAUCUACAGGAAGCUUCGUCGUCGCUUCCGGAAGAUGAGGCCGAGGGGUCUGAGUCUCCCUCGGCGAAUGAAAAAUCCUGACGAGGAUUUGAAGCUCCCCCUGUUGGAGAGGCAGCCCCCGAUCCUAAGUUCGUCUGAAGGGGAAGAGCCGUGGAGUGAUAGUGACGACUAUUUGCUCGAAGGGCCUGCCGACUCCCAAGCCGAUGAGGGUGGUGGUGAUGAUGAUGCCGAUGCCGGCCACGGCGACGGUGCUGUUGAUGGUGGAGUGCCAGCUAAUGUUGUAGCUUAGUAUUUUCUUGUAUUAGUUUUUGUAGCCAUAGCACUGAAGUGCAUGUAAUGGCCGAAGCGCCCACCUCUUGUAUCUUUUUAUCCAUUAAUGAUAAGUCUUUGUCACCAUGAUUCCCUCGUCGUCUUUGUAGUUAAGUAUGUUUGCUCUUGUAAAAUUUUCUAAGUGUCACAAUUCCGUUUUGGCAUCUUUUAAUUGAG